AUGGAUACAAUCGAUUCUGUCCUGGCUCAGUACACUCCAUCUCCGUCCGCCACCAAUGAGACUGCAUCAACAGAAGCUUGUUGCUCCCCCACUUCAGAUCCAGCCCUCGAUACGAAUGCUCCGACUUCCACGAACUACAUUUCUUCCAUUCAGCAGAUGGUGGAGCAUGCCAAACGUCGCGUGGAGCAAUCACAACAUUCCGAUCUUGAUGCGAGCUUUGCGCAAGAUGCCGAAUCCAUAGAACAACAAGACAAAAAGGGCCAGGUUGAAUCUGGUAAAAGUAUCGUUACGGAAAAUUCACUUGGUACAGUUGACUUAGAUCCUGUAUCAAUGGUGAAGGCAGAUAUGGUCCAUGUCAAACCGAUCUCUGAGAAUGCUAAGAUUGAUAUUUUACUGACAGGGCGCAAACUUUUAGGUGACUAA